GCCAAAGUACGAAGCCUCCAUUGCCCCUUUUAGCGCAGGAGGAGAAGUCUCAAAACCCUCUCUCUCUCUCUCUCUCUCUCUCUCUCUCUCUCUCUCCUCUCGGCUACAGUCUAAUGGAGGACGACGAUGAGUUCGGAGAUCUCUAUACUGACGUCCUUCGCCCCUUAACUUCUUCAGCUCCGCCACCCCAAGCCUCUGCUCCUCAUCCCCAGCCUCAGCCGCCACCCUCACCUCCCCGCCGUCCGAUCGAUUUCAGCCUCGAAAUUCACGACGACGAGAUCAUCUCCGGAGCUGCCCUCACCCAAACUCCGGCUCCCGAGUCCUCCUAUUCGGCGAAGCCUAGGGUUUUGGACCCUCCCGAUGCGAAAUUCCCCAGGAGUCCCCCUAACGACCCGAAAUUGGUCAUCAACCCUAAGGCUGAAGCGCCCCCGGAGGCCACCAAAUCCGUGGAUUUGAUGGAGACGGAUGUCAAAUUCGAUAUAGAAGAGGAUGAUGGGCCUGCUAUUCCCGGAGUGUCCGACAUGCCUCUGCAAUCCAACGGUGGCGGCGGUGCCGGAGAUGAUUGGGACAGCGAUAGUGAGGACGAGCUUCAGAUAGUGCUGAACGAGAACCCCCAGCACGGGCCAGUGGGGGUGUUUGAUGAGGAGGACGAUGACGAUGAGGAUGGGGACCCGCUUGUUAUCGUGGGCGGUGGAGUCUCGAGCCAGCCAAUGGAGGACGCAGACUGGGGCGAGGAGGCAGGGCAGGUGGGUGCCGAUGGAGAAAGGAAAGAGGCAGCUGGAGCAGAGGCAGCGAAGGCUGGCGGCACUGGAGCAUCAGCUCCUCCGAAAAUUGGUUAUAGCAGUCAUGGGUAUCACCCAUUUCAUUCUCAGUUUAAGUAUGUGAGGCCCGGGGCAGCGCCAAUUCCUGCAUCGAGCACCCUCGGUUCUGCAGGCACCCCAGGUCAAGUCCGCCCACUUGUUAAUGCGGUCCCCAUGGCUGGUCGUGGUAGAGGUGAGUGGCGACCAGCAGGGAUGAAAGGCGGUCCUGGCUUGCAAAAGUAUCCCGGUUAUGGAGCUCCUCCAUGGGGUUCGGGAAGAAGUUAUGGGGGUGGAUUGGAAUUUACACUUCCAUCUCACAAGACUAUCUUUGAGGUUGACAUUGACAGUUUCGAGGAAAAACCAUGGAAAUAUCCUGGCGUUGACAACACAGACUUUUUUAACUUUGGUCUGAACGAAGAGAGUUGGAAAGAUUACUGCAAACAGCUGGAACAACACCGCCUUGAGAAUACAAUGCAGAGCCGAAUUCGGGUUUAUGAGAGUGUUCGGACUGAGCAGGAGUUCGACCCUGAUAUGCCACCGGAGUUGGCAGCAGCAACUGGCAUUCAUGAUGUUGCUGAGAAUGCUAAUGCAGCAAAGUCAGGGGCUGGACAAAUAGAGACUAAACUACCUGCUCGUGUGCGGCCACCCUUACCAACUGGGCGAGCUAUUCAAGUGGAAAACGGUUUGGGUGAAAGGCUGCCCUCUAUUGACACCCGACCACCAAGAAUUCGCGAUUCUGAUGCUAUCAUAGAGAUAAUGUGCCAAGAUGAUGAUAAUUCCUCCAGUGGACAUGGUGUUCCAGACCAACAUGAUAUUGAACAACCGAGCGAGGCCAGAGAUCAUAUGGCCAAAAGAGAGAUUGCACAUGCGGACAAUGAGAAUUCUGAUAGUAACGUGGAGCCUGAAGACAGCCAAAAGAGAGAACCUCUUGGAAGGAGAACUCCUGCUGUGAAUUCUGCUCAUGAUGAUGCUGCUGAAGGAGAUGAACCUUUGCCGCCUCGUUCAAUAGUACCAGUUCCACAUCCGUCAGCUUCUAAGGGGCAGACUCCUUUCCCUGUUGGGACUAAUGGCAUUCCUCAAGAGGAGAGGACACAUAUUGGAGCACGUGGCAGAUCUCCAUACAUGUCUCCAGCAUAUAGCACAGAGGACAGAAAAUCUCGGGAUGAUCGGGAGGGCUCGGUUGAAAGCAUGGGAAGGAAAAGUCCUGCUCAUGAGUCGAGUUUGGGUCGUAGAGAGGUAACCCCUGUGCCUGGUGAUAGGAUAUCUGAGCAGGAAAAGGAGGAUGCGGCAAUAGAUGAGGGUACCCCAACUGACAACCUAGAAGAUGGUGGUUUACCUCGUUCUAGAAUCAAACGGAAAAUUAGUCCUCAAGCAGAAGAACCUGGGCAUGAACUCAAUGAUGGAGAGGACUCUAGGGCAGGAAGAAGCAGCGAGAACAGCAAAGCAAGAUCAGGGAGCAGCAGAGAGAGUCAGAAGUGGCAUGAUGGAGUUGAGGAGGAAGUUGUUCAAGCAGGUCGGCCUUCACGACCAGGGAGUACUAAGAGGCACCUUAAUAGGGUUGAACAAGAUUACCGAAGAAAAAGUCAUGAGACAACACAAGAAAUGGAGAGGAGCCGUAUGGUGGCAAAAGGACAGGAGGGUUCUUAUAGAGACUGGGAUCGAGAUCAGAGCAUUGUCCACAAUAUGCCUAUUAAACAUGAGGGCUCUGAUCGUCGUAAGGAUAGGGAUCCAUAUGACAGGUCUUGGCAAUGGAGGGAUGAUGAUCCUCAGAACAGAAGGGAUAGGGCAGAAGAUACGAGGAAGAGGGACCGCGCUGAUGAAAUAGGGUCCAGGCACAGGAGCAGGGCCCGGGAGAGUGAGAGGAGUGAGAAAGAUGAGCAUCUCCAUCUCAGUUCAAGGAAACAUAUAGAGAAUGGUAUUUACGAGGCUAACUUUGACAAGGAUGUAGGCCCAAGAGUGAGGGAAAGAGAUGAUAGUUCAAGGAGUGGGAGGCAUGAGAGUGCUGGUGAGUACCACAGCAAGAGGAGGAGGGAAGAUGAUUAUUCAAGACGUGACCAUGUAAAUAAGGAAGAAAUCCUGCACACCCACAAAGAAAGCACAAACCGUCAGAAGCGAGAAAGGGAUGAUGAUCGGAAGCGAGAUGAACAACCUAGAGGAAGGGAUGAUAUUUCUCUCAGGCACAAAGAUGACGCUUCCUCAAAUAGGGAGAGAAGUGAGAAGCAGAAGAACAGAGAGGGGUCACAUAGGCCCAGGCCAGCACAGGACGAAGAUGUUAAACGGGAGAGGGAAGGGCAAGGCAGUCAAAGAAGCGGACGUGGAGCUGAGGACAAAGCAAGGGCUGCUCAUGUUAGGACCAGGGACAAUUAUAAGAUCUCAGAUAAAGAUCACCAUUCUAAGGACAAACCGAGGAAUGUUGAACAGGUUAAGGUUAGAGAACAUGCAGCAGAUGAAAUUUCAUCUCAUCACCGGGGACGUGAGGAUGGUUAUUCGCGUGGAAAUCAGAUCAAUUACGAGGAUAAGAGGUCUCGGCAGGAGAGGCCAGUCCCUCGUAAUGAUCAGAGGAUGCGUGAGAGAGGCCAUAAAGGGAUCAUGAAGAAGUCAAAAGAGUCCGAGGGUGGCGAUAACAAUUCUGCUACUGCCUCCAAGAGAAUUCAAGAUGACCAAAUGGAUCGUGUCAAUGAGACGGGUGGAGGAAACAGAGACAACCCCGAGGUCACACUGCAUCACCAGUCCUCAAGAAAGAAUAAAGAGGAUGCUUCUUCAGAUGAUGAACAGAAUGAUUCUAGAAGAGGUCGGUCGAAAUUAGAGCGAUGGACGAGCCACAAGGAGAGAGAUUUCACCAUUAGCAGCCAGUCGACUUCCUCCUUGAAAUUUAAGGAGCUGGGUAGGAACAGCAAUGGAGGAACUACAGAGUCCAGCAGUAUUCCAGUUGAUCCUUCCAAACCGGUCGAGACAUCUGCAACUACCCAGCAGGCUGCUUUCGAUGAAAGAGACAAAACAAGUGAUGCACAGACAAAGAAUAAUGCCGAUAACAAAGCGAUCGAUAAUCGGCACCUGGACACUGUUGAGAAGCUGAAGAAGCGGAGUGAACGGUUCAAGCUCCCGAUGCCAAGUGGGAAGGAGGCUGUGGCAACUAAGAAGAUUGAGAAUGAAGCUCUUUCUUCUGGAAGGACCGAGACUCCCCUGGAGUUGGAGACCAAACAUGAGCGUCCAGCUCGUAAAAGGCGAUGGGUCAGCAACUGAGCCUGAAACCUCGGGACGGAUGAGCCCCUUUAGCGUCUGUAUCAUCUAAUCUUCAGUGAUUCUUUCUCAUAAAGAAAAGGUUCCAGAAGCUUUAAAUGGCUGUUUCGUGUGCCAUACGACUUUCGGGAUUUAGCCUCGAUUGUACCUUUCUACAGGAGAGUUAUUUUGUAGCUUGUAGCAGUACCUUGGUGCCUUUUCUUAUGCUGUUUACUGUACAUACUAAAUGUAACUUCAUAGAGUUGCCUUUUUUGCCGUGAACAUGAGAGAGAAGUAGUUUAGUCUUCCCUGCUUUGGACAAUCAAAAGCUCAAUUGGAAGAAGGAACGGGCAAUGCCCGCAUCUCUGGAGAGACAUGGACUAUGAUUUUGUUCUUCUUCCAGUUGCAGAUAACUUUGGAGGUGUGUAGAAGUUCGAAAGGAAUAUAAGAGCCGUGGGGAGUCUUAUGACGAGUCUUUCAUGACCGUUCCUCGGUGCUCUCUUUCUCUCUUUUGGUUAUA